AUGGCAAAAUGGAAGCAUCUUAUUGAUAACAUCCCUGCGGAUUUUCCUGAAGACAAGCCUGUCUUUAUGCUCAACCUUCUCCAAUUCUACGACAAAGCGCAGUAUCCCGAAGAAAGCAAACACUCUCCCUGCAGCGGCCAGGAAGCCUGGGUUGUGAGAUACAUCACAGACUUCCGCAGACUAGCAACCGACGCUGGUGGCUUCGAGCUGGUCUACCUUGGUUUACCGGCAUCGAAAAUUGUUGGAGAAGACAGUGAAAACUGGAACGCGGUCGUGUUGGUCAAGUAUCCGAGUAUUCAGACCUUCCGUAGGACCCUUGGCAGUGAUGAUUAUGCAGCAACCGCAGCUGAGCAUCGCGAUGCUGCGCUACGGGAUUGGAAGUUGAUUGCCACUACCCAAGUUAUUAUACAGUAA